GUCUGCCCGUGGCCCUCUGAGAUCAGCCUGACAAACUGAGAGGCAGAUGAAAUCCUGCCUUGAAGCACCAGGUAGCUAGUUCACUAGGCUGACCAGGGGGAACUAAGAUCACACUGGAUGAUAUAAUAAUGAAAAAAGUCUUAAGAACUCAGUAAAAUUGAGUACUACCUGGGACAAGUGUCUGUACUUGAGUACACUGAGAUAGACUUUAGCACACUGAAACCAUGGCAGCUUCAAAUGCAAAGGUUUCAUCUGCAUCAAGGCGAGGAGUCAGGCCAUGGCUGAUUAUUUGGGCCCUUGUUGCUCUGCAGUCUCUUCAUUCCUAUGGACAGGAUUAUUCUGGAUACCAUUCAGGAGAUUACAAUUCCCAUAUCAAUGAAGGGUCAGCGGUAGAAGACUUAAAUGGAGAGCCAUCAGGAUACCCCCAUCCAGAUGAGUAUCCUGUGGAGCCCACACCUGGUUAUGAAGAGCACACAGCUUCUGGCUACCCCUACCCCCAAACUACUCCACUGGUUACAAUGAUCACUGAAGAGGAGUACCCCUACACCACCACCACACAGUCCUAUGUUGCUGCUAAAGAGGUCACCACCAUGACUACUAGAGUGCCGUACCGCUACCCAGCAACCACCCCCAAUCCAUAUGAUGAUUACUUACCUUCCCCUGAAGUCUAUGAUGACGAAGGGACGGAUGUUCUUGCGGAGAUGAGGGUACCCAGUGCCGUGGGAGUGAAUAUUGUGCCAGGAACCCAGCAGGACAUAAGUGCUUAUCGCCUUGGCCCAAAAGUGCAGGUUAGACGGGAAACAAGACUGGUUCAGCCUCAUGGGUUCCCUCAGGAGUUCUCAGUGGUUUCCACGUUUCGGAUGCUGGAGGACACGCCGCAGGAGGUGUGGAACCUGGUGGAUGUGAAGGACCGGGAAGGUGGAGACCAGUUCCACCUGCGGCUCUAUGGGGAGCUUGACGCUGUCGAUGUCUUCAACGCGGCCGCUGCUGGGGAGGAGAAGGUCACCACUUUUGAAAACAUAGGCCGCCUCUUCGAUGGAGAGUGGCACAAGCUCUCGCUCAGUGCUCACAGGAACCAGCUCACCCUGUACGUGGAUUGCCAGCAGGUCGGCAGCGCCCCCUUCAGUCAGUACGGAUCCAUCAGAACUGAUGGUUUGACAUCUUUAGCCACAAGAAGUAGGGAUGCUGCAACCCUUCCUGUUGAUGUUCAGAAACUGCAGAUUUACAGCAACCCCAACAAAGCAGGAGAUGAACCCUGCUGUGACAUCCCAGGAACUAAAGAUGAACGGUGUGCUUUGCUGGGAUUAAGUCCCGGCCCAACAGAAUGUGACUGUAUGCCAGGGGAGCCUGGCUUUGCUGGUUUUGCCGGCCCAAAAGGUAGCCGUGGUGAGCAGGGCCAGCAGGGUUUUCCUGGCGAACAAGGCAGAGAGGGAUAUAAAGGCUCCAAAGGUGCACCAGGAAGAGGAGGGGACCCUGGUCCUGUGGGUGAUUCUGGUCCUAAAGGUUCUGAUGGCCCUUCAGGAUUUUCUGGAGUCAUGGGUAUUCCAGGACCUCCAGGUGACCCAGGUGAGACGGGUGGUUCUGGCUCAAAGGGCGACAUCGGACUGACAGGGCCUAUGGGUGAAGUAGGACCGAAAGGAGCGACUGGGGAAGUAGGUCAACCAGGAGAGCCAGGACCUGGGGCAGACAAAGGAGAAAAGGGGUCUAUAGGAAAGACUGGAGAGGAAGGACCUGCUGGGCCCAUGGGAGAAAAGGGUCAAAUUGGGGCACCUGGAUUUUCAGGAGACACUGGCGAGCAGGGUUAUAUGGGUUACCCUGGAAUGAUGGGAGAGAGAGGAGAUCCAGGCAUAAAGGGAAACACUGGCUUGGGAGGAAUUCCCGGUACAGAUGGCGAGCCAGGGGGUGAUGGUCCUACAGGAGUUACUGGAGUAGGAGGUGAACCGGGACCAUUCGGAGAAAAGGGUGAAAGAGGAGAUCCAGGACCAAGAGGCCCACCAGGAAGGCAGGGUGCCCAGGGAGCAAGAGGAAACACAGGUGAUCCAGGUAAACCUGGGAAGUCUGGGCCUCAAGGAUUGAAGGGUCAGCCUGGUUCUCAAGGUGAAACAGGCCCGGAUGGUGAAAAGGGCCAACAAGGAAGCACAGGUAUCAAAGGAGUUGAAGGGGACAAGGGUAGCACAGGUUUCCAAGGAGACAAAGGACAGCGUGGUGAGCGUGGCUCUUCAGGCCCGGACGGCCCAUUGGGAAGAAAUGGCCCCCCUGGUAUCCCUGGCACGAGGGGUGAAUCUGGUCCCUCAGGAGACCCUGGAGACUCAGGAGCUGCAGGAGCCAAAGGAGUCCAAGGGUCACCGGGCCCAGCUCUGUCUGAUGCACAGAUCUAUGAAUUGUGCCGUGGCGUGGUAACAGCACAGAUAUCACAACAUGCGGCUUCCAUCCGAUCCAAGUGCGCCAGUGGCUGCCCAAUCAACAACAGGAUUCUCAUCGGACCACCAGGAGGUCGAGGAUUGCCUGGCCCACCAGGAAAACCAGGCAAAAGCGGUCUGGCUGGGAAAAAAGGGACUCAAGGGAAAAGGGGACCAAUUGGAGUGGAGGGAACAAAAGGAGCUCCUGGAGAACAAGGCAGGAAAGGUGAUAAAGGAGAAACAGGAGACAGAGGAACAGGACUUCCAGGACAUGAUGGACGCCAGGGUCCCAGAGGACUUCCCGGCUUUGCAGGCGUUCCCAAAAACGGUAUUCCAGGGUUGGAAGGUCCUCGUGGUCAUUCUGGUCCUACAGGCCGGCCAGGAUUGCCUGGGUCUGCUGGCGUUCCCGGACGUUGUGAAGCUCGGGACUGUAGUAUCCAUGCUCCUGCACUUCGCUCAGAACAUGAGCUUGUGAAAGGACCAGUAAUUUAAAAAAAGACAAAACACAAGAAAACAACUGAAUUUAUCAACAAUGACAUUGUGUGAGUUUCUCCACACACAUCUGUGGGUGCUUAAAGUAUAAUCUUUACAUUUACUUUAACUGGAGUCAAAACUAAAGCUCUCAUAGAAGCAACUUUUUUAAUGCAUCAUUUGUUGAAUUUGUUUAAAAUGAUGUGAAUAUCUAGAACCACAAAUAUUGUGAGAGAACAUUAUUACCAUAGAAAACCAGAAGAACCAGCCCACCUCCUGAUUUGAUCAGUUGAAAAUUCAAAUGUUCAGGCUAUGCCAACUCAUUCUGAAUGGUUCCAGAAACUUUUGAUUUAAUUUCUUUAUUUCUGUGGAUGAGAUUAAAAUAAAAAAGAGCAAUGUAAAUAAUUCUGUACAGAAUCUUAAGUACAUGUGUCAGAUUUUUGCUUCCUACACUUAUAAACAAUAUAAUUUAAUGGUGCUAAUGCUAACUUUAAAGCAGUGAACACACAGAAUAAGUUUGUUCAUACUGUGUAUUUUAUAAAUAGCUGUUUGGAAGUUAUGUAGGUGCUAUAGCCCCUUUGAUUAGGAUUUUUUUUCCCCCGCUAUGCAGAUAAAACCCCAUGGGGUCUAUUUAAAUGAUAGAAAUGGUGGUACUCUUUAACUCUAUUAAUGUAACUGGAACUUUCCCCUAAGGGUUUUAUAUAGAAACAUUACUCCAUAUAGUAAAAUUAACAUUACUGUUUGUAGUAAAAAUCUAGUGAAAUUAGGUUUGUCAAAAAAAUAUAUAAGGUAUUUGUGUGUUAGUAUUAAGAUCUGCCACAGUUUAGAUUAUUAAAAUAGGCCCAUGUGUGACUAAGAUUUGUGGUUCUGGUGCCCGAAGGGGAUUUAGGAAUUGGGGUUAAAUAAGUUAUGAAGUAAUGUAUGACUUGAUAUACAGCCAUUUUACAACCAUUUACAGAAUUCUUUAACAGUUAGGAGUUAACUUCUUUAUAGCUACCAAUCUAUAUAUUUUGCUUCUAUAUGUUAACUGCGGGUGUUGCGUUUUUUAGUUUUGCCAAAAGCUUUCUUUUUCCAUCAACACAGUAAACUUGGCAUUUAGUAAAUUUUAAUAAAAUCUAAUAGAAAAAAAAAUAGUAAAUAGUGUGGAGACUGUCAGAUCUUGCACACAAAUCGAUUAUUUAUUUGACCAAAAAUCUAGUUCUGAAUUACCAGUUAAUCGCUAAAGUUAUAUAGUGCAAGAAUAUUACAAUUAUAUAUUUUGCAGUAUGGGCAUCUUAUUUCUGAAAAGGGUUGCCACCAAGAACUAUACCAACACUCCCUUGAAAUACCUACUUCAUUUCAGAUAUAUUUUGUUAAUCGAUGUUCAUUAAAAUGUAUUUAUGCAGAACAAAACUGAAACUAAUGAUGUGUUAAUUACCUUUUAUUUAUUUAUUAGGAAUCCUAACCUAAAAACACUCUUGAUGAUUUCAAUGUUAAAUACACACCUGGGUUUCUAAAUGAUAUGCAACCUAACAAAGGUUUGGCAAUAGGUCACAUGCAGCAUUGGCAAGAUACAAAUGGCAAUACAAAAAUGAAGCCAUACAUAACUUUUUUUUUUUUUGCAGGUGUGGGUAAUUCAAUUGGAAAUCAUAUUAGCAAUUUAAAAGCCUUUAAUUUUCAUAGAAUACAUUUGAAGUGAACAUGAAUUAGACUUGUCCAACGCUUAUUUAUAUUACAGACCUAACGUGAUAAAUUUGUGUUAAUGCAGAUUAUUAUUAGCAAUUAUUCAGGUUACACAAUUUAAUUUAUAAUUACUAGGUAGUUACAAGGAAGCUUUGGUGACAUGAAUGUAGUCAUAUUGCAUAAAUGACACGUUUUAAUGCUCAAUUGUUUUUUUGUUUUUUUUUUAAUGAGAAAUCUAUCA